UUUUUGGAUAUUUCUCAAAAAAGAAAUAGCGAGAAAUUAAAACUAAUUGGUGAGCAAUUAUGGGCAAUUAAAGAACAAUUUUUUGAGCUAUGUUUCAUUAAUAUUGGUUACUAUCGUGAGCCAGUUCAUACGGGUCCCUUUGUUUGCCCAUAUUGAAGGCCAGUGGCUACACUGGUUCACAGACUCAUACUUUAUCUGGAAAAAUCUGUAGCUAUUUCCACUGUCACAUUGAUAAGUAUCAAUAGUAUAAUAUACCCAACAAUUAUAUACGUGUUUACAUAUUCGUGUUUAUGUCUUAUCGGGAAUAGUAAAUAUGUUCUCGACAGAUAAUGGAACAAAGGACGAAGCAAAAUUUCUUCAGCCACUAAAAAAUGAUAGUGGCGAUCUGAGCAAAAGCUGGUGCUGCUGGCGAUCCAAAUUCUUAAAUUUUCUAAAAUACGAAGAUGAGUCCGAAAUAUGCAAAAACAGUUGGGGGAAUUAUCUUUUAAUGUUUAUUGGUCCAAUAGGACAGGAAGCUUAUAAAAUUAUAUCUACAAAUGACGUGUCACUUAAAGAUAACUUUAAUGCUUUACUUUUGAAGUUUGACAUAUACUUUAUUUAUAAAUCUAAAAAAUUACAGCCAAAUGAAAAUAUAAAUGAAUAUGUUAAUGAUUUAAAGAAACUUGCUACAGAUAGCAAUCAUCCAGAUAUUGAUUGUAUUGUAAAAGAAAAAUUGAUUAAUGAUAUUACAACAGCUGGGCAUAAUGCUGAGAUGGAGACAUAUUUAAGAUCAUUAACCUUAAGUGAAAUUACUUCGGAAUUGGCGACAUUUCAAAAUUUUAAGAAAGAUCAUUGCAAAAUUGAUGUUCCCAAGAAAACUGUUAAACAGAGGAUUAUAAUUGAUUGUAUCAGAUGUGGAAAACGACACACACACAAUAAUUGUCCUGCUCAUGGAAAACAAUGUGAUACUUGUAAAAAAUUUAAUCAUUUCACAGAGAACUGUAAAUCUAGUACCAAGUUUGUUGAAAACUGCUCGAAAUGUGGAACUAACCAUAAACAAAUUGAGUGUCCAGCUUUUGGUUAUACAUGUUGCAAAUGUGGUAAGAGUAACCAUUACUCCUGGAAAUGUCAAAUGCCUGUAAUAAAAAAUUGUCCCAGAUGUGGAACUGAUCACGCAAAAUCAUUGUGCCCUGCACAAGGAAAAGUAUGUACUAAGUGUAACAAGCCUAAUCACUUUGAGAUAAAGUGUAUUAGUAAAUAAUACUUUGUAUUUCAAUGAACAAACUGCAUUGAAAAUAUUAAAAAGAAAGAGUAGAAUUAGCA